AUGAAGUCUCGCCGGCCCAGCUGCACCGACUCCGGAUCAGAGUCCUCAGAACCAGAUUCCCAGAGUCCGGAGAAGUAUGAGACCACCACCAGGCGACGGUCGGCUGCCAACGCCAGAGAGAGAAAGAGGAUGGAGGGUUUGAACACGGCUUUUGAUCGCUUACGUAAAGUGGUCCCCCAGUGGGGCGAGGACAAGAAACUGUCCAAGUAUGAAACCUUGCAGAUGGCCCUCAGCUACAUCAUGGCCCUCAACCGGAUCCUGACAGAUGCCAGGAGGCACAACGCUCCUCACAGGCAGUGGCUGGACCUGCAGUUUGACUGUGUGCAGCCUGAGAGCUAUCCCUGCCUCAUGAGGUACGACUCCCCGACGGAACAGGAGUACAUCCAGUCAUCCUUCUCAUACCAGUUUGACGGACAUCAGGUCCAAGCAUAA